UUGGAUAAAAAUUCAGCACACAUUUUUUCAAGUUUAUUGGGUGAAGAAAGUUAUCUUCAUUUUGAGUCAAGAGUAAUGUUAGCUGGAGAACAAGGUACAGGGAAGACAACUAUUGCCAGACAUCUUGUCGGUAAACAACCAACUAGAUUCAGAAAGUCAACUGAUGGAAUAGAAUUAUACAAUGGCCUUUCCUACUUUGAUCGUGAAACGAAAGAAUGGCUUGGAGGACAACAAGAUUUUUCCCUGGAAGAAAUCACAGUUUGCAGAUCCCUUUUACGAGCAGACACAACAACUCAAAAACAAAAUGUUCCUUCAGCAGAUACUACACCAACCAGUCCAAAUAAAUCAGAUGUUACAGAGGAGGCAUCAAUAUCCGCCAACGAAGAAUGGCUGAAACAUAAAUCGAAUGAAUCAACAUCGGGCGAUGCAUCGUUACCCACUGAAUGCUCAAUGACAGAAGCUGUGAAAGCCAAAAAACUGUCCGAUCCUCAGUUUCAAACCGUACCUGGUUGUGCUAAUAGUUUGGCAAUUAGUAUGGAAAAGAAACUACCAGGUCAUGUUGCAGGACAGGAAUCAGAAAGAGUAGACAACGAUGACAUAUAUGAGUCAGAUGUUCAAGGCGUACUCCGUAGCUCAGAAAGGCAAUCAGUUGUAUUUGAUUUUGAUGGCGAAAGUUCAGACACAAGGACCGAUCUAGUAGUCCUAGAUUAUGCAACUGAAAACCAAACUUCGGAUGUUACAAAAUACAGAGAAAUACAUGAACUUUCGUUUGAUGAAUACAAACCAAUGGAAGAUUCUCUUGGAGCUUCUCUGAAGUCAGGUGUCACUGGUGAUUUGCAUAUUGAAACUGUUACUAAACCUGGAAUUAUAGCACAUCUGAAACGUGUGUUUGGCAUUACCAAACAAGUCAAAGAAGUUAAAGUGUCAAUCACAAAGGAAAGCUUCUUAGAGAAGUCUUCUAAAGUUGGAAAAAAGAAGCUACACAACAGAAAGAUAGCACCUAUAAUUAUCUGGGAUUUUGGUGGCCAGGAUGUUUUCUAUUCAACUCAUCAGACAUUUUUAACGUACAGAGCUAUAUACAUAAUUGUAUUGGAUGGAAGUAGAACACUUGAUGAUCCCUGUCGGUAUGAACAAUACCUCCCAGGAAAGAGUGGACAUAAAACCUCAAGAGAUUAUCUGUUAUUCUGGAUCAACACCAUUGUAACAUACUGUAAAGGAAGUAUUCAGGGAUUUCCCAAAAUUAUGGUGGUUUUAACGCACAAAGAUCAGAUAUCAGCAAAUGAUGUUGAAACUAAACGUCGUUACAUAUUUAAAGAAAUCUACAAGAUGUUCCACAAUACGCCAUUGAUGCAACACUUGGUGAUUGAUGAUGAAAUAUUUGUAAACGCUAGAGACAAAUAUGACCCAGAAAUGUCGAAGAUAAAGGCUGUUAUCAUGCGCGAAUCAGAGAGGCAACCAACAUGGGGAGAACCCCUCCCAAAAUGCUUUAUCCCUUUAGAGUUAGAAUUUGCAUCACUCAUCAAACGCAAUAUUCCACUGAUUACAAUGGAGCAUUUGCAGAAAAUCAACUCACUACAACCAAUACGAUCCUUGACAAAAUCUGAGUUAAAAGUAUUCCUGAAAUUUCAACAUGCCAUAGGCAAGGUGUUAUACUUUGAUGAACACAGAUUAAACCGUCAUAUUAUUUUGUCUCCAACCCAUUUAAUUGAUGCCUUUAAGUCUAUUGUUACUGAUAGAAGUUUCUGCCAAGGAGACAAAGAAAGAGAAGAGUUAUGGGAUGUAAUGGGCAAGAAAGGGGUGGUAUCAAAACAAGUUAUCCAACAAAUUUGGAAAAAAAAGAAAUAUCGGAAAUUUUACAAUGAUAAAGAUUAUUUACUGAAUGUCAUGACCCAUCUCGAUAUAUUGGUUGAACCAAAGAGAUACGACUUAGAUCGCAACCGUAUACCUGCUGACUUUUAUUAUAUCGCAAGUAUGGUACGAGCGAAAGAUGAAUCUGGGUACCUUAAGUCAGCGGGCAUUGCUAACAGGAGUAUUGCCAUAGCUUUUCAGUCUUCUGCAUUGAUGAUACCUCCUGCAUUAUCCUUUAGAUUUAUAAGUUACUGUCUAUAUGUAUGGGCAGUGAAAACAUACGGAGAGAAAAAGACCGACAUGUUGUUCCAUAGGUCAGGGGUGUUCACUCUAGAUCCUUCUUUGGAUAUGUCCAUUACUUGCGAAGAUGACAUGAUUAUUUCCCGUCUUGUUCAUGCUAGAACAAACACACUGAUAUCGAGGGAUAUGGCUUACAGCAUUAUUGCGUGUUUAACAUCUGCAUUAGAAAAAAUAAGUCAGUUAUAUAUCAGAACAAGCAGCGACUCCAGUCACAUCAGUGAUGCAGCCUUUAUUACAAGAAUAUGUUGUAACUCACCAGAUAAUCCAUGUAUCAUCGACGUCAGACAACUAGAAAACAUAAGCAACAUAUGGAUAUGUCCUUCACAUGGGAUUGAACAUAACAUAAAUAUAAUCACAUCAUGGUUCCAAAGAAAGGGAGACGACAAAUGUGAACCAGAUUGUCCAGUUACAACUGAAGAGUUUUUGAAAGAGAUUCCAUCAGAUCUACAUCUGCGUCGAUUAUCCCUGCUGUACAACAGAGAUGAGAUAAGACAACUGGCUACGCACCUGGGACUGACAUAUGCUGAAUGGGAAAAUGUUUGUGACCAAGAAAGUCAAAGUGACGAACCGGAGAAACUGAAAUUUGAAAUCCUCAGAAAAUGUCGGAACAAAUUUUCGUUGACAUUUAAAAGCAUAAAGGAUGCCACGGUGUAUGCAAACAUACAAAACCCUCAUACCAUCUGCAAGGUUGUAGCAGGAGCAAAUAUUGAUUUAGAUGACAAAUGGGAUAUAGUACCAACAGAAGAACACAUCGAUAGAUUGGCCCCAUUAAUUGGGAAUAGUUCUCUUCACUUCUUGAUCGAACUUGAUAUGAAGUUUGAGACGUGGGAACAGAUUUGUUACAUACAAGCAGACAGAGAUUUGGUAAGACUGAACAAGAAUAUUUUAGAAGAAUGGAAAAAUCAGUUUUGCCGGUCGCACAAUCUGAAACCAACAUUGCGUAAAAUUGGACAGGCAUUUAGUAACGUUGGUAAACAUGUCAAAAUGGUUGAAAACACAUUAUCAGAUUUGGUUUGAGUACCUUUCAUUUAAACAUCAAUUGCAUGUGACUGGAGAAUGCUACAAGAAUAAUAAAUAUUAAGAAUAGAAGGAACCUGCAACUGUUAUUGUAAGCUGAAAUCUUAACAUUUAAAUUUUAAAAUGCUUUUAUGUUUAACUUUUGCCAUCAUAAUCAAAGUAUUCAGUGCAUUUUCUUUUAAACGUUGUUUUGAAAUUGUUUCAUGACAUGUGUACUAUAUACAUGUGUAACAAUUGUCUUUUUCUCACAAUUCAAGCACUUUUUUGUUUUAACCCUUCGUUAUUGAACACCAUUUUUUUUUUAUUAUGUUAUUCUGCUUAUAUCUAUUUUCCCUAAAGACUAAUAAUCAUAUAGAUACCAUGUUUAUGUAAGAAACAACUGUCAGAUUUGUAUGUAUUGUUAUUUAUCUAAAAUAUGACUUACGGAAAACAAAAUCAUCUCUUCAACGUCACGUCAUUCAUCACCGUUGUUGUUGUCUAUUCAUUUGGUAUGUUUAAGGUUUUUGGUUUUGCCAUUUGAACAUUUGAUUAGGGACUUUCCGUUUAAAUAUUUCUAAAAGCUUGGUGUUUUUUUUUAUCUAACUUUCUACACUAAAAAUGAUUAUAAUAGUUCUUCAGCAUUCUUAUUAAAAUUUCGGUUGGGGCUGUUAACACCUUUUAAAACUUAUCCGAACUUUUACUUUAAUUCAAAGUCAAACAUAAUGAACCAGUAUUUUUGUUUUGUUUUGUUUCUACUAAAUAUCAAAUAUGUCUUGUUUUAUGUUUUUGAAUUUGUUUUUUUAAAUUUUGUUUGCAAUUACUUACAUUUUUUUUUAUUAUAUAUAAACAUGAUAAGAUGAGGUUAAUUAUGACUACAUAUGUCAUAAAGUGUUUGUGUAUUGACUAUUAUAAUGCACGUGCCUUUGUGAAUACUUUAUAUCAACAAGUGCGUUUUCAACUAUAUAAGUGCAUUUGAGAUGACUAUACAUUAAGAGGAUUCAGUGAUCAAACACAAAUGAAAUACAUUUCAGAUAUGUAUAACCUGUUUUGUUUGUCUAGAUUG